GUGGAAAAGCCGAAAAAACAUGUGCAAACAUGUUUCGUAGGUGGAUUACUGGCGGAAAUCGAAAAAAUAUGCUCUGCAUAUUUCGUAGGUGGAAAAGACGAAAUCGAAGCCGAAAAAAACACUGUUUUCGUAGGUGGAGAUAGUAGUAUGGGAACUUGUAUUAACCAAAUGUACUAUUUUUUGACCUGA